AUUUGGCCGUAGCUGUAUUCUCUCUAGCCAAAACCGAUCCUCCCCGUACAGCGCGCAUUUAUUUUGCGCUGUGUGCAGCGGUAAGUUACAGCAGUAGCACAACAGCAGGUUUAACGAAAAGAAAAUAAAACUAGGGCGCUUCGUGGACACAGCACUGACAGGUUAUUUUACAAUUACUUCAAACAAAUAAAUAACAAUGGUUCAAGCCAAAACAUGGGUCCUGAAACAACACUUCGAGGGAUUUCCAAAAGACACAGACUUUGAGCUGAAGAUAGUGCAGCUCCCUGAGCUUAAAGACGGAGAGGUUCUUUUCGAGGCUGUGUUCCUAAGUGUGGACCCUUAUAUUCGACCUUUUAGUCGUUUUCGAAUGCAAGCUGGAGAUGUGAUGAUUGGAACUCAAGUGGCUAAGGUGGUUCAGAGUAAUAAUCCUGCAUUUCCUGUGGGCUGUCAUGUGAUUGGUCAAUCUGGAUGGAGAACACACAGUGUGUCAGAUGGGAGUGAUAUCACUCGAAUUUUGGCGGACUGGCCUAAGGACGUCUCCUUGUCACAUGCCCUUGGAGCCAUUGGCAUGCCUGGGCUGACUGCACUCUAUGGUUUGGAGGAGGUCUGUGCCAUUAAACCUGGAGAAACCCUACUGGUGAAUGCAGCCGCAGGAGCAGUGGGCUCUGUCGCAGGUCAAAUAGCCAAACUUAAAGGUUGCAAGGUUGUGGGUUCAGCAGGUAGUGAUGACAAAGUGGCUUAUCUAAAAGAGUUGGGCUUUGAUGAGGUCUUUAACUAUAAGACCGUCUCCUCACUGGAGGAAGCACUGAAGAACGCUUCACCUGAAGGAUAUGACUGCUUCUUUGAGAAUGUGGGUGGUUAUUUCUCCAGCAUUGCUAUUCCGCAGAUGAAUAAAUUUGGCCGUAUUGCUGUGUGUGGGGCAAUAUCCCUGUAUAAUGACACCAACCCUCAGACAGGACCUUAUCAACACCUAACCAUGAUUGUUAAGGAACUGAAGAUGGAGGGUUUCGUGACAGGCAGGUGGGAGCAUAAAAAUGAUGAGUCACUGAGGCGAAUGUUGACCUGGAUGCAGGAGGGAAAGUUGAAGUGUACGGAGUACCUCACUGCUGGGUUUGAAAAUAUGCCUGCUGCGUUUAUGGGGAUUCUGCGGGGAGAAAACAUUGGGAAGGCUAUUGUCAAAGUCUGAUGGAAGGUCUCUUAGGUUUACUUGUCAACAAUCAAUGAGCGGAUGAAGUGCAAAACACUGAUCACAAUGAUGGUGGUUUGUUGCAAUUGAAACUCAGUUGUGCUGUGAAUUAUUUUCUCUCUCUCUUUCUCUUUGCACUAAAAUGGCUGUGCUGUGGUUGGAUAGUGCAGAUUAAUUAUUAUCCUAUUCUGACAUCACAAUAUGAGCCAAAUUACAAUGACCUAUUUUUUUACAUGCUCGCAGAGAAUGAUUUACCAAAACUAAGUUACUGGGUUGAUCUUUUUCACAUUUUCUAGGUCGAUAGAAGCACUGGGGACCCAACUAUAGCACUUGGAAAAAGUCAGAUUUUCAUAAUAGGUCCCCUUUAAUGAUUCUGGUGUUUGCAGUUUUGUCUAAUGCUUUGUGGUAUAAUAAAUAAACAUUUCCUGUAUACUUUUCAA